AUGUAUCAACGAGCCAGAACAAGUCCUAGACGAAGUGGCAUUCUGGUCCUGUGGCUGUACAUUGUGGCAGUGGUCAAUCGUGCCUGUGUCGGAUAUUCCGCUUUGGUAACUGCAUCGGAACAGUACGCCAGUCGGGCACCCAAUAGCCUACGUCAUGUACAACAGCCUGUAUCAACAUCUGCUCAGAAUGCCCGUGACGCUGUGGAUGCAAGUCACUGGAAUCCGGUCCCCUUUCACGAAGUACUCGGUACGCAUUUGGAUUCAAAGACGCAUCGCUGUGAACCGGUCACUCUAGCUCUGUGCAAAGGGAUGUACUACCCGAACACACGCAUGCCAAACAUGUUCCAUCAUGAAACACAAGAAGAGGCUGGACUAGAAGUAGGUUUCUAUCUGGUUUUGGUAGUGAAUUUGUCAGCGAUGUGA